ACCAGAUCCAUAUAUCCAAGUGGAUCGAUCCACCAUCGCCAAGACCUUGACGUCUUUCGUCCCACCUACACCGAUCACCAGUCAAUUGCCUCGAUCUCUCUACUUCUCACAUCACCACCAUGGCCUCCGACUCACGUAGAAAUGCCAGUAAUCAGCGCGGUAAAUACACCGCUAGAGCAUGUGAAGAAUGUCGACGUCGUCGAGCGAAGUGCGACGGAAAGAAACCCGGUUGCUCCAGAUGCUUACAAUGGCACAUUCCAUGCCAGUAUUCUGUGGCAGAGGACGGUCGAAGACCGGCUUCUAAAACGUACGUGCUUCUUCUACGGCAGAGGAUAGAAUCGUUAGAAAGGCUGCUGGAACGACAUGGUAUCGAUGCGAGGGAACCGCCUACACCAGUCCAGCAGCCAUUGAAUAGAAAAGUAAAUGGCAGCAUACAACCAGACGACAUUUCAUCCGAUAUAGACGACCUUGCCGAAGGUUUCAAAGGCAGACUUGCUCUGGAUGAGUCGUUGAAUUUUGACCAAGACGGUGAGAUGCGGUAUUUCGGGCCCACUAGCGGACGCCUUCAGUUUCAGUCCUCGACCUCCAGCAAUGGCGUUAGUGUCAAUGGAUCCUCCUUUUCGGUCUCCCCGCCGGACCAAGUAUCCGAUAGCUUUGGGUAUAUCGAUCCUAUCGACCCGGUCACGGCCGGGCUUGGGGUCCCAAAGGAUGUACAGAACCACUUGAUCGACUUGUACUUCAAGUGGGAGCAACCAUGGUAUGCUAUUGUGGACGAGGAUCUCUUCCGGGAAAGCAUGAAUAGUGGCGGACGAUACUGGACUCCGCUGUUGCACAAUUGCAUCCUUGCUUUGGGAUCGCGGUAUUCCGACCGCGUAGAUGUGCGACUGGAUCCUGAUGAUCCUAAUACAGCGGGGAAAAUGUUUCUUGAAGAAGCGAAACCCCAACUUCACAGAGAGAUGGAGAGUCCCAGUUUGACUACAAUCCAGGCGUUGGGUCUUAUUGGAAUGGUGUACAUCGCGAUGGGUGCUGACGCUGCAGGCUGGCUGCACCACGGCAUGGCAAACCGGUUGAGUCUUGAUAUGGGGUUAAACCUAGACCCGGCCGGAUUUGAAGAGGCGAAUACAUUGCCUCAACGGGAAAUCCAGCUCAGGAGACAGAUAUACUGGACUCUGUAUUGUCAUGACAAACUGUCAUCUAGCUAUACGGGACGGAUUUGUUCCAUGCUUGACUCGCAAGGUGCUGUCAAGAUGCCAGACGAUGACCCAGUGAUCGAUACAGAAAUUAGUCCUACGCAAAAAGCAUUCAGACUACUGCAAAGAGCCAUGAUUAGUGUCUGUCGCAUACAAGAAAGGAUCACAUUAUCACUAUGGGCGCCCAAACCCCUUCUUAAAGACUACCAACGACCCGCCUUCCUCAAAUCCUGCCUCCUAGACUUAAGAUCCUGGUUCUAUGACCUCCCCAAAGAGCUAAGGGUCGAUCGUGCCAACGAGAUCCCUCAAGCCUACACCUUGCACAUGGUGUACCACACAGCAAGAAUCCUCCUCGCAAAGCCGUUCAUCAUGAAAGGAACCAUACCGUCAAAGACGAAGGACGAAACCACAGAGCUAGCCCAUUCCAUCUGUCGCGAAUCUGCACGCUUAAUCUGUCUUGUCGCCCAGAAAUACCGCCACAACUUCGGCGGAUACCAUCGAAGCCCAAUCACCGCAACGCACUGUACCCUAUCCGCAGCGUUGGUUCUUCUCGACGAAACUGAGAAUCUCAAUGCUCCUUCUCACAAGCACAAACUGGCCUUGUGUCUAACAGUGCUCGAUGAGCUAUCUAAAUCAUGGUAUCCGGCAGGACACAUCGGGCACAAUCUGCGGAAGCUCUGUCGGUCUGAAAUAUCAGACGAGUCAUUCUCUCUAGAGAAUGGCUUAUAUCCGUUCGAAGCGAGCCCCAGUCCCCCGCUCGACAUGGGUGCCGAGCUACCCAACGUCAUCGACGAAUCCGAAUCAAAUCCAAGUGUGAACCCGAGGAACGCACUAGCCAACCAACUAGAAUUCUCCGUCCCAAUAGGUUCACUCCCAGUCGAUUAUGGAUUCUUCGAUAUCUUGAACCAAAUCAAUUGGGGCCGCAUGUGGUAG